CGCUGCAGAACAAAGAACAGGCAGCAUAUGUAACAGAGCUCAGCUAGCUUGUAAUCCCGGCCGGCGCCUCAUCCCAGGAUCUCGAUCAAAGCAGCUGCUGUUUGUAGUGCAGCAGCAGCAGCUUGCAGGUCGAGCUCAUAUAGUUUGGGUUUUCAACCUCGAGAGAGGGCGGAUCAACGGCGAUGGCGGCCUCCGGCACCGGUACCCCGACGAGGGCCAACUCGCGAGUGAACUACUCGAACGAGAUCCACGACCUGUCCACCGUGCAGGACGGCGCCCCCAGCCUCGCCCCCAGCAUGUACUACCAGGAGAAGUCCUUCGCCGACUUCUUCCCUCCUCACCUCCUGAAGAAGGUGAUAUCGGAGGUGGUGGCGACGUUCCUGCUGGUGUUCGUGACGUGCGGGGCGGCGUCCAUCUACGGGGCGGACGUCACGCGCGUCUCCCAGCUGGGGCAGUCGCUCGUCGGCGGCCUCAUCGUCACCGUCAUGAUCUACGCCACCGGCCACAUCUCGGGCGCCCACAUGAACCCCGCCGUCACACUCUCCUUUGCAUGCUUCCGGCAUUUCCCCUGGAUUCAGGUGCCGUUUUACUGGGCGGCGCAGUUCACAGGGGCGAUGUGCGCGGCGUUCGUGCUGCGGGCGGUGCUGCACCCGAUCACGGUGCUGGGGACGACCACGCCCACGGGGCCGCACUGGCACGCGCUCGUCAUCGAGAUCGUUGUCACGUUCAACAUGAUGUUCGUCACCUGCGCUGUAGCGACAGACUCCAGAGCGGUGGGUGAGUUGGCGGGGUUAGCAGUUGGUGCCGCGGUUUGCAUUACGUCCAUCUUCGCAGGGCCGGUGUCAGGAGGAUCGAUGAACCCGGCGAGGACGCUGGCUCCGGCGGUGGCCAGCGGCGUCUACAGCGGCCUCUGGAUCUACUUCCUUGGCCCCGUCAUCGGCACGCUCUCCGGCGCCUGGGUCUACACCUACAUUCGCUUCGAAGAGGCCCCCUCCGUCAAGGACGGGCCCCAGAAGCUCUCCUCCUUCAAGCUCCGCCGCCUCCAGAGCCAGCGCUCCAUGGCCAACGUCGACGAGUUCGACCACGUCUGAUAUCGGACGGCCGGCAGGGCUCCACUAUGUAUACACGUGCGUGCGUACGUAAGUGCGCGCGUACGUGCGUAUAUAUACGGGCGCGGGAAGCGAUUUAUACCAGUCAAAAGUGUGUACGAUGUAUCUACGUGCAUUUGUGUACGCGUGUACCGUAUACAAGCUCGCUUUGUUGAAGUCGAAGAGAACAAGCUAGAGCUUCGUGUAUGUGUACCGCGGGCGCGUAGAUAGCGAGAGACGUACAUGCCUGGUGUACGUAUUUUGUGUAAUUUUCUCCCUGUGCCUACGUGCAGAUGAUGUGUUUAUGCUAUCUCUUUGGGUUUGUAACGUGUCAGAGAGGUUUCAUGAGUUGAUUAAUAUGAUGGAGCUUGCUUGCCUGCAAAAGAUCCGAAA